AUGCCUCAGCUGCUGAGAGAUGUCCUCUGUGUAAUCGACACAUUCCACAAGUACGCCAGGGAAGACAGCAACGAGGCGACGCUGACGUAUAGAGAGCUGAAACAGCUCAUCCAGGGCGAGUUUGGAGACAUUCUGCAGUCCAGUGUCAUUCAUGCUGUGGAGAGAAACUUGAACCUUUUGAAUAUUGACAGUGAUGGCACCAUCAGUUUUGAUGAAUUUGUUCUUACAAUCUUCAACCUGUUGAAUCGCUGUUAUCGCAACAUACAAUCAUUACUAAAUUCAGAACCAAGACAAGUGUCUAAAACAGGGAAGCCAAAUAAUGUGGAUCUUCAGGCAAGCAGCGGGGCUGGCCGACAGGCAGAAGGCGCUUCACCAACUCAAGACAAGAUAGUGUUUCCUUCAAAAACAGCAUCCUCAGCUGAGCUCAGCCCUGAGGAAAGGGGAGCAGAUGGACACAAUAGCACGGGCCCACAUGGAGACACCAAGACUAACAAGCUGCUGAGAGAAGCAUCCGGGUGCAAUGACCCUAAGAACCAACACUUGGAAAGAGAUCAACAGAGCCAGGAAGAUGCACCAACAGGAGACGAGGCACAAGUUGAGACACAUAAGCCAACAGCAAGAGCAGGACAGACGGGCAGUCCCACAAAGCAGGAGAGUCAGAAUAAAGAAAUUCCCAGGGAGAGAGAUGAGCCAACCAGGGAGCAGCGUAGUACUGAGACAAGGGAGCAGUUUGGGAAACAGGAAAGAAAUCUGGGAAAACACAGUUCUCCGGCAGAAGAAACACUGCAGAGACCACCAAAGGGCCAGGAAGUUACAGCAGGAAAGAGUGGUGAGGGACACUCUGAAACACAAGAACUGACAGGGAAAGGUGAACCCAGUUCAGAAUGUGCUGAAUCACAAGAACAAACAGCCACUCAGAAACCACUCCACACACAGAAAUCAAGUGUUCCUGAGGAUGAGAGCGGAACAGCUGAGACACAAGAAGCAGGAAAGGAUGCUGACAGGGCCCUGCCUGAAACAAAGGAUUCAGCUGAAACUGAGUAUGAUGAUAAAGCAUCUGAAUCCCAAGAACCCCCAGCACAAGAAGGAAAACAGGGCCUGCUAGUCCACCAUGAUAGCAGAAAUGUUUCAGAAAUGCCCAAUGUUCGAGCUGAAGGAAAAGAGAGGGAAGGCAUUGAGGGCCAUGAAACAGGAGAACAGAAAGAAAGUGAGAGAAAAACUCAAGCAGCAGCCCUGGAAGACCAAACACAGGAUGAGAAGUGCCAGAAGCUCCAGGAAUCAUCAAAAGAAAGAGAUGCCAAGAAAAUUUCUAAGAUACAAGAGUUAAGCUCACAAGGAGGUGAAGAGAAUCAUCCUGAAAUAGAAGAAGAGGCAAGACAUGCUGAGGAAGGCACCGCAGAAGCAGCUGUGAGCAGCAAAAGUGCCCCUGCAGCAGAAGGAACACCAGGGAAAGGAGAAAGAAAGCAGGAGCUGGCACUCCCUGAGAACCAGUCAAGAGGAGAAAACAGGCAGGUCACCAACACUCAUGACAAGCUGACUGAGGACCGUGGUGACCAGGGACAAAAUCCUGAGCCAACAGUCACACAGAAUGAAGGGUCUUUGAAAAACUCCAACGAUCUGAGUCCAGAGGAAGGUGACAGCAGCUCAGAGACAAGUGACCCACCUGCACAAGGGGAUGCCCAAAGUCAAGUAUAUCUACUCGGAGAGACUGUGCAAGGAAGUCAGAAUAAUAACCCAGACACCCAGAAACAGGUAGCACCAGGCGAGACUCAAGAGGCAGCGGUGCCGGCAGUCAGAGGUGAGAAGGAGCAGCACGUGGAGGAAGAGAAACAGCCUGCUGGAGGAGAGCACCAGCAGCAGGGCUCAGGGACCAAAGGCCCAGACCCAAAUGAGGAGCCCAGUGAAUACCCAGAGACACAGGAGUCCACAGCAGGAGGUGAAAACAGAAAGUCCCUGGAAACAGAGGUCCCAGGCCUGCAGGCUGCAGACCUCACUGAACAGCUGUCCAUAACACCGCUCCCUGCAAAGGAAGACAGCAGAAAAGAAGAGGAAGGUGGAGCACCAGAGACCCAGGAGACCCAGGUACAAAGUCUGAAAGAGGACAAUUCAACCCCUCCUGAGACAUACCUUAAAACAAAGGAAACUGCAACAUCAGCAGAAGAGGAUGAAGGCCCCUUAGAACUGGCAGAAGAAGAUGUUGACCAACCAAACCCAGCCAAGAGAGUACAUGAUUCUGACUCUGCAGUCUCCCAGCCAGGCCUUAAAGAGAAGACACAGAAAGCGCAAGAGUCACGUCCUGUGGAGAGGGGUACAAUCUAUCCCAAUCCACUGUACACAUACCUGCAGGAGAAGAUACUGCAGCAAACAGAUGUAACUCAAGAGGAACAUCAAAAACAAACUCAGACAGUCAGGGCAUCGAGUCCAGAGCUCGGCAACCACCCUUCCAUUGCAUCCCUCACUAAUGAAAGCCAAGUUUUACAACAGUGCACCAGGGAGCUUCUGCCUGAUGAGGACCCUGCAGACACACAGCAAACAUCUGUUCUCCAGACCUUGGGAGAUGAGGACAGCCCGCAGAGAGAGGCGCCAGAGCCACAAAGGGAGGCAAGCACCAGCAAGCAAUGA